AUGUUGCUCAGCUUCGUAUCAUUCAUACGCACUUUUAUGGACGAUUGCGUUGAUCUUACAAAUCCUUCCCCACCCGUUGACUACCAUCCGGGCCUGAAAACGAUGAAAGAGGUGGAAAACAUCCUAAAAAAUGACGGGGAUAUCACCGCUUCACCGGUCAAGGUGGUAAAGGAGAAGGUGGCUGAGACCGAAGCCAUCGAUGCAGAAACGGGCGAAACCGUUUCAAUACUGGAGAACGUGGGCGACAAAACGGGAGACUUCCUAAAGAACGUGGGUAGCAAACUCAAAACUGCCAAGGACGAUUUGGAACAGAACGUGAAUUCAACCAUAAAGAACGUGAUUGACGAUGCCGCUGACAAAGUAACAAAGGUAAGGGAUGAGUAUGCGAAGAAGACCGAGGAGCUGGGUGAGAAGGCCAAGGAUAUGAUCGAUAAGGAGGUGCUCAGCAAGCUGAACGAGGGUGAAAUCACGAAGAACUUGGAGGAAAGGGAGGAUGAGGCGUUGGGCGGCAUCAAAGGGGUGAUUGACAGGGCGGAUGAGCUGCUCAACAGGAAGUUGAAGGAAAGCGAGCACGUGGUCGAGAAGAGGAGCACGGAUGCGGGGGGAGAGGUGACCACCGAUACGGUGAAGGUUACCCAUCCGGAUGGAACAUUCUCGGAGACCGUAAAGGUGAAACACCCGGAUGAACACACGGUGGUUACGGCCAGUGAUGAGACAGGCGCAGCUCACACCGACACGGUUAUUACGUCAUCGGACAAAGGCACGUCAAUCGAAAAGACAUCAGUUGAUAAAACGUUAUCUGACACGACUGCACCGGAUAAGACCUCAUCAGAAAAAACACAGUCAGAUAAGAAAUCAUCGGACAAACCAAAGGAAACAAUCGAGAAGCGGAAGGAGACCCUGCCAGACGGUACCAAGGCAACCACCGAGAUACAUAAAAAGGAAGAACAGCCCAAAGAAACAACCACGGCCGUGAAUGGCGUGCACACCGAUACGCUUCUUGAUAAAUUGCAGGCAUUGAGGGACAAGUUCAAGAAACACGCCGACCUGGACGUGAAGAUGAAUAGCGUUGGUGAUGAUGUUUAUUAUCCUAAGAUUGACACCCUGGUCUAUGAGCUGGCAGGAAUUGAAAGGGAUAUGGAGAAGAUGCGGGGCGGUUAAAUAAACGUGUAAUUAUAGG